AGCCUGCAGCCGCCAUGAUUCUUGUUUGCUUUCAGUGAGAAACAACGCAUACAAAGUGGAGCAGAAACAAAGGAAACACGCACUCGUCUCUCUGAAUCGGUAACUUAUGCUAUUGCAGUAUUGCAGGGAUGCCCAAGGAGAAAUAUGAUCCUCCAGAUCCGAGACGCAUGUAUACAAUAAUGUCGAGUGAAGAAGCAUCAAACGGGAAGAAGUCAUACUGGGCUGAAUUGGAAAUUACUGGUAAAGUGAAGAAUCUGAGUCCAUCAUUAUGGACCUUGACUCAUCUCACAGCACUGUAUGUUAGCGACAAUUCCCUUUCACGCAUCCCGUCUGACAUUGCCAAACUACAAAACCUGGUGUACCUGGACCUGUCGUCCAAUAAAAUAAGGAGUCUGCCAGCCGAGCUUGGCAACAUGGUGUCUCUCAGGGAACUGCUUUUGAAUAACAACCAGUUGCGGGUUCUACCUUUUGAACUUGGAAAGCUGUUUCAGCUACACACACUGGGCUUGAAAGGGAACCCACUUGCACAAGAAAUCUUAAACCUCUACCAGGAACCGGAUGGAACGCGUCGGCUAUUGAACUACCUGCUGGACAAUCUUGCAGGCACUAAACGUGUGUCCACUGAGCCACCUCCUCCGCGCUCCUGGAUAGCGCUGCAGGACCCAGAUAGGACAAGACCAACAGCCCUGUUCUCAGUCAUGUGCUACAAUGUGCUCUGUGACAAGUACGCCACCCGCCAGCUCUACGGCUACUGCCCACCCUGGGCCCUCAGCUGGGACUACAGGAAGAAGUCCAUCAUGCAGGAGAUCAUGAAUUGCAGUGCAGACAUCAUCAGCUUGCAGGAAGUUGAAACUGAGCAGUACUACAACUACUUCUUGGUGGAGCUGAAGGAGCAGGGCUACGAGGGCUUCUUCAGUCCAAAGUCACGAGCCAGGACCAUGUCCGAGUCUGACCGCAAGCAUGUGGACGGCUGUGCGAUAUUCUACAAAACCGACAAGUUCAGUUUGGUCCAGAAACACACAGUGGAGUUCAACCAGCUGGCCAUGGCUAACUCGGAAGGCUCCGAGGUCAUGCUCAACCGAGUGAUGACCAAGGACAACAUUGGUGUGGCAGUUCUUUUGGAUGUUCGCAAAGAAGUGAUGGAACAGUCUGCCGGCAAGUCUCUGCAUGGUAUAGAGAAACAGCUGCUCCUGGUGGCCAACGCCCACAUGCAUUGGGAUCCAGAGUACUCGGACGUCAAGCUGGUGCAGACCAUGAUGUUCCUGUCCGAGGUGAAGAACAUCGUGGACAAGGCCACACGCAGCCUCAAGCUCUCCUCCGUCUCUGGGGAAAUCAACCCCAUCCCCCUUGUCCUGUGUGCUGACCUGAACUCUCUGCCCGACUCUGGUGUGGUGGAGUACCUGAGUACGGGCGGAGUGGACAGCACACACAAGGACUUCAAGGAGCUGCGCUACAUUGACUGCUUGACAAACUUCAACUGUAAUGGCAAGAAUGGCACGUCCAACGGCAGGAUCACCCAUGGCUUCAAGUUGAAGAGUGCCUAUGAGAAUGGUCUGAUGCCUUACACCAACUACACAUUCGACUUCAAGGGCAUCAUCGACUACAUCUUCUUCUCUCAGCCUCUGCUCAACGUCUUGGGUGUGUUGGGGGCCCUUGAUGGCCAGUGGCUCUCUGAGAACAAUAUCAGCGGCUGUCCUCACCCCCACGUCCCCUCCGAUCAUUUCUCGCUGUUUGCACAACUGGAGCUGAUUCUCCCCUACCCACCCUCAGUCAAUGGAAUCCACCUGCCUGGACGCAGGUAGUUCUCCGAGCCACCAGGGGGAGCCACACCACACCACACCGGGGGCCUCUUCCUUUGCCGCGGGGCCAGGGGUUGCAGACAUCUGAAUCUUGCGAGAGCUGUGUGGUAUGGCUAACUCGUCAAUUUCCCAAUGGAUUUUAACUGAAACGGACGCUAAGGUCAAUCUUUUCUGUAUCACCUUUUUUCUGGGGCACAAUUUUAAGAGAAAAAAAUGUUCUAUACUUUUCACACUGUAUGUAAAUGUAGGGGUCCUGAGUAUUCCGUGUAAGUUUACUUACAGAAAUCGAAGCUUUUUAAGAAAAAAAACGAAAAAACAUAAGGCAAUACCUUAAGUCACAUGCAGGGCUUUUCAUAACUACAGUCACAACCUACCUGAUAACAAUGAGGUAUUCUGGAACAUGCCAUCCCAAGGCCAGUUAAGACCAAGCAGCUACUUUAAAUGGGGGGACCAUAAGCCAGCCGCGUGACUGAAAUAAACAAUAACCUUUACCUUUACCGUCUUAUCACAUCCAGUCAACCCUCCUCACACUCUCACUCACACACACACACACACACACACACACACACACACCAACCACUCACUCAGACACAUACACACUCUCAGACACACACACACACACUAAUCCGUUUUGAAGAUCAUCUGUAGUGUACGAGGCCCAGAGGCGCUGGUCCUGUUCUGUUUUUAAGUACACACUGGUGCUGAGCCCAACAUCUUGGGUGCGACAGGCCUUAUGCGAGCUGACGCUCACGAUUUUAAUUGGAGUAGUGGCCCAGAAUUUAGUCAUCGGGAUCAUAAAAGUCACUGGUUUUGCUGUUCACUUGAGUUUGCUUCUAUGAUUUGCUUUUGUCUCUAAGAAAAAAAAAAAAAACAAACGCUUUUUUGUCUGAUUUUUAAUCCUCCUUUUUCUGUCUUAUUGAAGAACCCUAUCAUGCUAAAAUCAUGCCCUUGGUUGAUGUCUUUUAUGCUUGUCCUUAGCUGUUUUUUAUGAUUAUCUGGAUGUACUGCCACUGACCUGUCCCUCACCCCUGCCACAGCCCACUUCCCCCCCGACUCAGGCAAAUCUCUUCUUUUUAAGAAAAUGUGUUAUUUUGGUCUGUUAUAUGUAACUACUGCUAAAUCUCAGCUGUACCCUCCCUUUCCAUAUAGUGCCAUCCUAUGCAUUCUACCAUAAGGCCAAGGGUAAAGCUCCCAGUCCAUCUGCUACUGUAAAAAAUCUUUUCAGAGGCUGAGAGGAACUAAAAUGGACUUUUUCGUUGGUUGUUGUCCAUGUGUUUUUGACUACCGUUUGCUUUGGAAGCUAUUAGAUUUUGCAUCACCAUAGUGGCACUGUAGUAAAUAGCCACCCAAAAAUUCCGAUUCGCAGCAAUUGUUCACAUGCACAUGUCUCUCUCUCUCUCUCUCUCUCUCUCUCUCUCUCUCUCUCUCUCUCUCUCUCUCUCUCUCUCUCUCUC